AUGGCACGCUUCACCCUCCUCACCCUGGCCCUCGCAAGCACCAUCCUCUCCCCUCUGUCCACCGUCCUCGCGCACCCCACCAAUGGCCCCCGCAACACAAGGCUCGGCUGCGGCGUCGUGCCCACCCCCGAGUUCCUUGCCACAGCCAAUGAGAUGGCCGCCCAGGAAGCAUCGUCGAAAUCCGCUCUCGGUGCUCUGACUGCCGCUGGAGGUGUUUCCGCAGCUGCGACUAUCAACGUCAAUGUGUAUUUCCACGUCGUAGCGAAAUCGACCGCUGCGAGUGGUGGGUAUGUGACCGCGGCGCAGAUUGCGAAUCAGGUGACGGUUAUGAAUAACAACUAUGCUGCUUCCGGUUUCCAGUUCACUAACGCUGGUGCUGACUGGACCGUCAACUCCAACUGGGCAUCUGACGGCGCCGAGUUGGCGAUGAAGAAGUCGCUCCGCAAGGGUACUUACAAGGAUCUGAACAUCUACUUCAUGUAUGCUAUCGGUGGUAACUUGGGAUACUGCUAUUUCCCAACCAACGCUGCUACUGGAUCCAAUGACUUCUAUUACGAUGGCUGCUCCAUUCUCUACACCACCGCUCCUGGCGGCCCCGAAACGAACUACAACCUCGGCAAGACCGUAACACACGAAGUCGGCCACUGGAUGGGUCUCUUCCACACCUUCCAAGGCAACUCGUGCUCGGGCUCAGGCGACAGCAUCUCCGACACCCCGCAGCAAUUGUCGGCUAGCAGUGGGUGCCCAACUGGCCGUGACUCCUGCCCAACUGUCGCUGGUUUGGAUCCCAUCCAUAACUACAUGGAUUAUUCUUAUGAUUCUUGCUAUGACAACUUCACUCCUGGCCAGAAUACUCGUAUGCUUAGCAUGUGGAACACCUACCGUGCUUAG